AUGUUCAACAAAGAAUGCCCCUUUGGAGCAAAGUGCUUCUUUGACCAUGACAUUGUCAAGUAUAUGGACUCUAAGCCUUCCGAUAUUGGGGAAACCUGUCACAUCUACGAAACAUUUGGAAAAUGCGCCUACGGUUUGUCCUGCCGCUUCGCCAAGGCCCACACUACGCCUGAUUUCAAAUCCAUGGAGAAGGCCGAUCUGGUCAAGGUGUAUGAAGGCAGGACUAUGGUGAAGAACAACAUGAGUAAGGAGCUCCAGGGUCGCCUGAGGAAGCGAUCGGUGUCCUUCGAAAAGUCAGAAAAGUACCUGAAAACACUCUCAGACAACAAAGAUAAAGGAGCACAGCAAGGCAAUGCUGGAGAAACACAGCCUGUUUCUACUGAAGUACAGACCAGCUCAGAUAAACAGUCUGCUCCAGUGAAGACCGUCGGCCCGUUGACCGAUGCAGAUGUCAUCAAGCUGCGCCCGUGUGAAAAGAAGCAGGUGGAUUUUCAAGACAAGCUCUAUCUCGCCCCUCUAACAACUUGUGGAAAUCUGCCUUUCCGUCGCGUGUGUAAGCGCUUUGGGGCAGACAUCACAUGUGGGGAGAUGGCCAUGUGUACAAACCUGCUGCAGGGGCACCAGUCUGAGUGGGCCCUCCUGAGGAGACACGAAAGUGAAGAUGUGUUCGGUAUUCAGGUGGAGGGCAGUUUCCCCGACACAAUGACGAGGUGUGCAGAGCUCAUCAACAACAACACUGAAGUUGAUUUUGUGGACAUCAACUCUGGGUGUCCCAUUGAUCUCGUAUACAACAAGGGCGGAGGCUGCGGCUUGAUGACACGUACCAGAAAAUUUGAACGAAUAGUCAAAGGAAUGAAUUAUGUAAGUAUGACUUUUUGCCUAUCGUAUGGUAAUGAUGCAAGAAGGAGAGUUUUGUUGCUCUUGUGGAUCAUUGCAAAGUUACAGUUCAGUUCAAUUUUAUUUAUAUAG